CGAUUAAUAACAUUGUUUCUUCUUUUUUUAGCAUUUACCAUUUGUAUAGUUUGACAUAAUAAAUUAAUAAAAAAUGUUUUCAUAUUUUACAGGUUUUACUUAAUGUGUAAUAUAUAAGAUUAGUUUGCCUAACCGGUAGUUCGACGAAACCACUCUCAUUCCUGUCUUCCAUAACUUUAUAGUCUCUGUUGAUGCCGUUUUGGUGGUUUCGGUACGAAUCGGUUAUGUAUGAAUCAUAUUUAGUUUAGACAUGAUUGACUCCCUUUGAAAAUUUGCACCAUUUGUAACGAUUGUUGGGAAGAAGAGUUUUUUAGUCUUAAAUAUUGGCAAAAAGUGACAACCACGUGGUACUGGCAGAAAGAAACAACAACAACAAAAACACUGUUGAGCAGUAAAUAUUCCAGUUAUCGAAAAUGUUACCUGAAGAAACAUGUGGCUGAAUAUCCAGUUAAAAAGAAUUAUUUUAUUAAUCAUUGUAGAAAAUUGGUAACCUCAAAAUACAGCUGUCAAUACAGUGUGUUUUAAAUCUUUUACUUGUAGAUUCAAUCUUCAAGUAUAUUUAACAAUGUCUACUAGUGAGGAAAGUUUCAGAUGUAAAAUAUGUGAUCGGUUUCUUUCAUCUAGUGGGGAUCUUAAAAAACAUAUGACAAUACACACUGGUGAGAGAAAUUAUGAAUGUGCAAUAUGUCAUCGUUCAUUCACUCAAAAAGGUCAUCUUAAUAGACAUAUGAAAAUACACACUGGUGAGAAGAAUCAUGAAUGUGAAAUAUGUCAUCAUUCAUUUUUUCAAAGUGGGGAUCUUAAAAGGCAUAUGACAAUACACACUGGUGAGAAAAAUCAUAAAUGUGAAAUAUGUCAUCAUUCAUUUACUCAUAGUGGUCAUCUUAAUCAACAUAUGAAAAUACACACUGGUGAGAAGAAUCAUAUAUGUGAAAUAUGUCAUGGUUCAUUUUCUGGAACCAGUAUUCUUAAACAACAUAUGACAAUACACACUGGUGAGAAAAAUCAUCAAUGUGAAAUAUGUCAUCGUUCAUUUUCUCAAAGUGGUAAUCUUAAAAGGCAUAUGACAAUACACACAGGCGAGAAGAAUCAUAAAUGUGAAAUAUGUCAUCGUUCAUUUGCUCAGAGCAGUAGUCUUAAAAAACAUAUGACAAUACACACAGGCGAGAAGAAUCAUAAAUGUGAAAUAUGUCAUGGUUCAUUUUCUCAGAGCAGUAGUCUUAAAAAACAUAUGACAAUACACACUAGCGAGAAGAAUCAUAAAUGUGAAAUAUGUCAUGGUUCAUUUUCUCAAAGUGGUCAUCUUAAAAGACAUAUGAAAAUACACACUGGUGAGAAGAAUCAUGAAUGUGAAAUAUGUCAUCAUUCAUUUUUUCAAAGUGGGGAUCUUAAAAGGCAUAUGACAAUACACACUGGUGAGAAAAAUCAUAAAUGUGAAAUAUGUCAUCAUUCAUUUUCUCAUAGUGGUCAUCUUAAUCAACAUAUGAAAAUACACACUUGUGAGAAGAAUCAUAUAUGUGAAAUUUGUCAUGGUUCUUUUUCUGGUACCAGUAUUCUUAAACAACAUAUGACAAUACACACUGGUGAGAAAAAUCAUCAAUGUGAAAUAUGUCAUCGUUCAUUUUCUCAAAGUGGUCAUCUUAAAAGGCAUAUGACAAUACACACAGGCGAGAAGAAUCAUAAAUGUGAAAUAUGUCAUGGUUCAUUUUCUCAGAGCAGUAGUCUUAAAAAACAUAUGACAAUACACACAGGCGAGAAAAUCAUAAAUAAAUAUGUCAUGGUUCAUUUUCUCAGAGCAGUAGUCUUAAAAACAUAUGACAAUACACACAAGCGAGAAGAAUCAUAAAUGUGAAACGGACAAAAGCCCUUCUGUGAAAUAAACAACGGAGACAAAAGCCCUCCCGUAACCAAAAUAUAUAUGUAUGUUACUGUGUGUUUUUAGCUCACCUGACCACGAAGUGGUCAUGGUGAGGUAUAGUGAUGGGGCUAUGUCCGGCGUCCGUCGUCUUGCGUCGUUCGUCGUCAACAAUUGGGUUGUUAACAGUCUAGCAGUCUUAGUUUUGAUCGGAUCAUCAUCAAACUUUGUCAGAAUGUUUGUCUCAAUGAAAUACAGAUCGAAUUCGAAGAUGGGUUAUCUCGGGUCAAAAACUAGGUCACAGGAGCUAAAAAUAGAAAAAAGCUUGUUAACACUCUAGAGGCUGCAGUUUUCAUCCAAAUAUUCUGGAAAUUUGUCAGGAAGGUUGUUUUGAUUAUAUCUAGGUCAAGUUCGAAGAUGGGUCAUCUCCGGUCAAAAACUAGGUCACAGGAGCUAAAAAUAGAAAAAGCUUGUUAACACUCUAGUGGCUGCAGUUUUCAAUUAAAUAUUCUGGAAAUUUGUCAGGAAGGUUGUUUUGAUGAUAUCUAGGUCAAGUUCGAAGAUGGGUCAAGUCCGGUCAAAAACUAGGUCACAGGAGCUAAAAAUAGAAAAAGCUUGUUAACACUCUAGAGGCUGCAGUUUUUAUCCAAAUAUUCUUGAAAUUUGUCAGGAAGGUUGUUAUGAUGAUAUCUAUGUCAAGUUCGAAGAUGGGUCAUCUCCGGUCAAAAACUAGGUCACAGGAGCUGAAAAAUAGAAAAAGCUUGUUAACACUCUACUGGCUGCAGUUUUCAUCCAAAUAUUCUGGAAAUUUGUCAGGAAGGAUUUUUUGAUGAUAUCUAGGUCAAGUUCGAAGAUGGGUCAUGUCCGGUCAAAAACAAGGUCACAGGAGCUAAAAAUAGAAAAAGCUUGUUAACACUCUAGUGACUGCAGUUUUCAUCCAAAUAUUCUGGAAAUUUGUCAGGAAAGUUGUUUUGAUGAUUUCUAGGUCAAGUUCGAAGAUGGGUCAUCUUCGGUCAAAAACUAGGUCACAGGAGCUAAAAAUAGAAAAAGCUUGUUAACACUCUAGAGGCUGCAGUUUUUAUCCACAUAUUCUUGAAAUUUGUCAGGAAGGUUGUUUUGAUGAUAUCUAGGUCAAGUUCGAAAAUGGGUCAUUUCCGGUCAAAAACUAGGUCACAGGAGCUAAAAAUAGAAAAAGCUGGUUAACACUCUAGUGGCUGCAGUUUUGAUCCAAAUAUUCUGGAACUUUGUCAGGAAGGUGGUUUUGAUGAUAUCUAGGUAAAGUUCGAAGAUGGGUUAUGUCCGGUCAAAAACUAGGUCACAGGAGCUAUAAAUAGAAAAAGCUUAUUAACACUCUAGUGGCUGCAGUUUUCAUCCAAAUAUUCUGGAAAUUUGUCAGGAAAGUUGUUUUGAUUAUUUCUAGGUCAAGUUCGAAGAUGGGUCAUGUCCGGUCGAUAACUAGGUCACAGGAGCUAAAAAUAGAAAAAGCUUGUUAACACUCUAGGGGCUGCAGUUUUCCAAAUAUUCUGGAAAUUUGUCAGGAAGGUUGUUUAGAUGAUAUCUAGGUCAAGAUUGAAGAUAGGUCACCUCCGGUCAAAAACUAGGUCACAGGAGCUAAAAAUAGAAAAAGCUUGUUAACAAUCUAGUGGCUCGGUUUUCAUCCAAGUAUUCUGGAAAUUAAUCAGGAAAGUUGUUUUGAUGAUUUCUAGGUCAAGUUCGAAGAUUGGUCAUCUCCGGUCAAAAACUAGGUCACAGGAGCUCAAUAUAGAAAAAGCUUGUUAACACUCUGGUGGCUGCACUUUUCAUUUAAACAUUCUGGAAAUUUGUCAGGAAGGUUGUUUUGGUGAUUUCUAGGUCAAGUUUGAAUAUGGGUCGUGUCCGGUCAAAAAUUAGGUCACAUUGCCCAAAUAUGGAAAAAUCUUUAUAACACAUUAGAGGUCACAUGUUUGACUCAGUUGUCAUCAAACUUGGCCAUGAUGCUUGUUUAAGACAUUGCUUGGAUGCGGUUGUGUCAGGUGAGCGAUCUAGGGCCAUCAUGGCCCUCUUGUUUAAUUAAUACACUCAACAUAUUUGUAAUAUAUAGACUCGUU